UGUCAACAACGUCAGUUGUCAAAAAUAUGACUCGAGUAUAAUAUUUUAUCGUUAUCGUUUAAUAUACAUUAUUUAUAAACUCUUGUUGAUAAAAUUACAAAAUCGUACAAAACAAGACAUUCUAGCUUUGACCUCGUAUUAAAAUCAUGAACAAAGAACCGCCUCCGCCGUACUCUGCGACUGCCCCCUAUCCAGGUGUUCAUCAGCCCCCUCCGCAACAGUACAACUAUCAUCCCCCACCUCCGCCAUUCCAGCAGUACGCACCAUGCCCCCCUUCGUAUGGAGCCACAGCUCAGACCACGAUUAUCGUCCCGGAAACCGAGGUUAUAAUCGUGGGGGCUUGUCCGGCGUGCCGGAUCGGGGUUCUCGAAGAUGAUUUUACAUGCUUAGGGUUACUGUGCGCAAUUUUAUUCUUUCCGGCUGGAAUAUUGUGCUGCUUGUUGCUUAAAGAGAAGAGGUGCGGGAAUUGUGGGGCGAGAUUUGGGUAAAUAUAAAUAAUGUAUAAUAUACCAGUGUGUGAUGUUUUAAGCUAUGUAUGCCAAAAAAGAAAAGAUUUUAUUAUGAUAAAACUUUAUUUGUUUAUACAAUAAGAGAAUGUGUGAGGGAUGAGUGUCACCGUAGUUCAAAUGGGAUUUUAUUUUCACGUAUAUCAAGUUACCAAAUCUAGUUUAGAAGAAAUGUUAUAUUUAUGUAUGUUUUCGACAAUAAAUGGUUAUGAUCAAAUGGAA